AUGAUCGAUUUCGCUCUUUCGACAGAGCAACAUAAGACGAGGGAGGAUGCGAGUAAAUUUGCAGACCUAGUCUUAAGGGACGCUUACGCGAGCUAUUCCAAGCACAAAAGCAAUCAUGAGCGUUUUCAAGCCACAGAGCCGAUCGUCCGCAAGGCCGCGGAGAUGGGUCUUAUCAAGAGCGCAGUUCCUGCACCACUUGGCGGGACUGGUGGGAGCUUGAUUGACGUCUGCCUCGUCGUCGAGGAGCUUUACGCGGUGGAGCCAAGCGUUGCGCUCACCAUCCUGGCCAACGCCCUUGGACUAUACCCCUUGGUUGCAGGAGGUACCGGCACGCAGCAGCAGGAGUUCCUCGCUCCUUUCCUCAACGGUCGAGAUCCUGCGUUGGCAAGCCUUGUGUAUUCAGAGCCUGCUGGAACUGCAAACUUCUUUGAACCGGGGGCGAGGGGCAUGCAGACUACGGCAACGAAGGAAGGGAAUGAGUGGAUCUUGAAUGGAGAAAAGAUCUGGGCUACGAACUGUGCUGGCUGGGACUCAAGAGGUGCGACACUUCAAUGCGUCGUCUGCAGGGAGGAAACAUCCUCAGCGAGCAGCCUGGAAGAAUCGACGAUGAUUUUGCUCGUUACUAGAGAAAUCAUUCAGCAGAAUCCAGCUGACGCCUAUACGAUUGUCAAACACCUGGACACUCCCGGCCAUACGGCAUCCUCAGGGCCUCACGUCAAGUUCGAUGGCUUACGUGUGCCUGGUUCCCACGUGCUCGCUCGUCCCGGUACAAUGGAUGCGCAUCGUCUCAUCGGAGCCGCGUUCACAAUGUCGGCCGUGAUAGUCGGUGCAAUGUCCGUAGGAAUUAUGCGCCACGCAUUCGAAACGGCCUUGAACUUCGCUAAGAGCCGGACUGCUGGAGGCACAGUCCUCUUGUUGGAGCGCCAGAGUGUUGCGGACUCGCUCAUCGACAUUAAGAUGAGCGUAGAAGCGGCGAGGUGCCUCACCUGGAAGGCUGCUCACGCUCUGGAGCAUAUGGUUAGUGCAGAAAAUGCGUACGAAGCCAAGAUCUGGUGCUCGGAAGCGGCUGUAGAAGUCGUUACCAAGGCGAUGAGGGUUGUUGGGAUUUCUUCAUAUGACGCAUCCUGUCCCUUGGCACGAAUGCUUUCCGAUGCACUAGCACUUCCCAUCUUUGAUGGCGGAAACGUUGGUAUCCGUCGCAGGCAGUUGCAGAAGCUGUUCCUAGCAGACGACUAUGACCCUUGGCAGGCUGGAUUCGGGAAAGCAUGA